AUGGCGCAACAACACCGGCAGCAGCACCAACAAAAACCAGCCGUGCCGCCGCGGACACGGUCCAUCCUCGUCCUGGGCGCCGGCGAACUCGGCCGGGCCAUCCUCUCCAACAUCCUCUCGCACCCAAGCUUUUCCCCCGCCAACACAAGCCUAACCCUCCUGAUCCGACCAAGCAGCCUGGCCCACCCGUCGCCCGCGCAGCAGUCCCAACACGCGCUCCUGCGCUCCCGCGGUGUGGCCAUCAUCCCAGGCGAUAUCGAGGCGUCGUCGCAGGCUGUGCUGGCGCAGCUCUUCGCGCCCUUCACUGCGGUGCUCCACGCCGGCGGCAUGGCGCUGCCGCCGGGGACGAUGACCAAAGUCACCCGCGCUGUCCUCGAGGCGCGAGUGCCCUACUACGUUCCCUGGCAACAUGGCGUGGACUACGAUAUUAUCGGCCGCGAGGGCGGACAGGGGAUGUUCAGCGAGCAGAUUGGCGUGCGGGAGCUGCUGAGGGGCCAGACGACGACGGACUGGGUGGUGCUCAGCUGCGGGAUCUUCAUGAGCUUUUUGUUCGAAGACUUUUGGGGGGUUGUGAGGAGGCUACCACCGAUAUCUGCAGCGGCUGAAGACAGCAGCGGCACCGCCGGAAUCAGCGCCAGCAUCAGAUCCAGCAAAAGCGCGAGCGAAAAAGAUGCAGGAGGAGCGAGGGAGAAGAUCCAAAUCACGGCCCUCAAUUCCUGGGACGACCUCAUCACCGCCACCACGGCAGAGGACAUCGGCAAGUGCACGGCCGAGCUGCUCUUCACGCCCGAUUCACCCGUCAACACGCCGGUGUACAUCGCCGGCGAUACGCUGAGCUACGGCGCGUUCGCAGACACGAUCGAGCGCGUCGUAGCGCCCCUAGGCGUGGAGGUCGUCAGACUGGUGUGGCCGCUGAGUCACCUGAAGGAAGAGAGCAGGAUCGACCCCGCAGACAAGAUCAAGAGGUACAGGGUUGUCUUCGCGGAGGGGAAGGGGUUGAGUUGGCCCAAAGAGCAGACGUGGAGUGCGACGCAGGGGAUCACGAUGGUCGGCGUGGAGGAGUACGCUAGGAGGCUGUUUGUGUGA